AUGGCUCCUCGAGCUCGCAGAGAAACCUUGUAUACUGAGGACCCAUUGAUUGUGGUGAAGUCGCAGGAUGCCAACAAACACCAGAAAUUGGCCUUCGACUCUUCGGGUUUCCCGUCUUCUGAUCUAGAAAUCGACCCCAAUCGCACUCUAGCGGCCGCCGUUGUGGAGAAGGUCAUGGCGUUGCAUAAAAAGCUUCGCAUGCUUCACAGCCUCGUCCCGGAUCUCAAAGUCAACCAGGUCUUCAAUGAGCUGGUGUCGCUGUGUUUGCAGCCAUUCGACGAGGAUGUUGUUGACAGAGUACUAAGGAACGAUCGGGUCAAGGAAAUCGUUCCAACUUUACGUUCAAUAUGUUCAGCUGGGGAAUCAGAGCUGGAAUGCUACUGGUCGGAUCGGAUCAUAGCAAAACAUCAUAAGAGACAAACUCUUCUUGGCUUCGACGAGGCCCUCAGUGCUUUUCCGUAUUAUCAAAAUUACGUCGACAUCACUGACGUGGAAGCUUCGCUCAUUCGCUCAACACUUCCAAAGAACGUGGAGCCCGAGCACAUCACCUUCAUCGGCUCUGGACCACUCCCACUAACUUCUUUCAUGCUCUCAAAACAUCAUUUUCCCAAUGCGAAAGUUACAAACGUCGACUUCGACAUCCAAGCUCUUGCUGCAUCAAAAAAGCUUACAUAUCUCCUCGGUCUCAACUCAAAAAUUGACAUGAUGCAUGCCGAAGCAAGCAAUGUCCCCACGUCUGUGCUGGAGGGAAGCGAUGUUGUCUAUCUUGCUGCCCUCGUUGGCCUCAGUCUGGCUGAAAAGUUUACCAUACUAUGUUCAAUGGCGUCUAAGCUGAAAUAUGGCGCUCUGCUGGUAGUACGGAGCGCUCAUGGCCUGCGUGGCUUACUCUAUCCCGUCCUUGAUGUGGACCGUCUCGAUUAUGAUCUUGUCGACUUGGAUCUAGUGACUGAAUGGAUCCCCAAUAACAGCGAUAUUGUCAAUUCUGUAGUUAUUUUUAGGAAAAGAGAAAUCUUGCUCCAAUAGCAUAAGUAGUUGCUGCAACAAGCGCAAAGAGAAAAAUCCAAGUCGUAG